AUGAAUGCUCUACAGCGGGCAUCUUCCAAAUUUGGUGCCCAAUCGCCAUUUCUGAGGGUGCCUAGACAUCGUCGCCCAGCAGUCCGCAGCCAAAGACACUCAUCCAGCACCAAUCCUGGUGACUCACCACCAGCCAAAACACCAGGACGAAACAGUCUUCCACCGAAGCCACAGAAUGGGAUCGGCGCUGGUGACUCGGCCAAGGUAGAACCGGUGGACAUACCAAUACAACUAUGGUACCAUCGUCUGGGUCCGGUGUCGACAUUCUUCAGCUGGUUCCAUCGAAUGCAAACCAAGAGACCCUACACGGUUCAGUUAUGUACGACCUUGACGACCUACUUGUGCGGUGAUCUACUCGCGCAAGACAUUGGAGGGGAACUCUAUGAUCCCAAUAGGACCUUGAGGAUGUUGACAAUUGGUGCCAUCGCGGCCAUCCCGGGGUACAAAUGGUUUCUCUUCCUCGGCCGCAACUUCAACUACUCCUCUAAAGUCGCCUCGAUCGCUACAAAGGUCACAGUCAACCAAGCCAUCUUCACGCCCGUGUUCAACAGCUACUUCUUCGGCAUGCAGGCCAUCCUCACAGGAGAAGGACCCACGGGGACAAUCAACAGGAUCGCUGCCACGGUACCGGUUAGCAUUGUCAAUUCUCUCAAGUUGUGGCCUGCGGUCACGGCGUUUAGCUUCUGGUUUGUCCCGGCGCAGUAUCGAUUCAUGUUCUCGGGUAUCUUUGCUGUUGCCUGGCAGUGCUACCUCAGCUUCUUGAACAGAAAGGAAGAGAAGAUUGAAGAGGCGACCGAUACUAUGAGCCAUCCCGUUAUACCUGCGGGAACAAAUGUCGAGUGA